AUGGUACCUUCGCCCAUUGCGGCUGCCUGGCGGCGGUUUCGCUGCGCUCCGUGGCUUCUUCCUUCUGCGGCUGCCGUCUAUUGGAGCUUUCCGAAGACCCGAUCACUGCUGACCGAAAGCUUCGAUAAGGCCACGGGGGAGCAGACCUCGGCCGAGUCGAAAAACGCCACGGCCGCUGCCUACUCCCAUAAGAAGCUGUUCCGUCGGGAUCCUUGCUCUGUGGAGCCGCAGCGCAAGGUGGUUGUGCUCAUUGGCAUGACGGGCGUGGGCAAAAGUGCUACGGCCAACACACUUUGUGGCGCCAAGAGAGCCUUUGAGACCUCAAGCUCUGUGGUCUCCGUCACGAGCGCUGUAAGAGUCCGCGAUUACUCUUUCGCUGGGAGCCGUUGGCGUGUUAUCGACACGCCAGGCCUUGGAGACACCAACAAGCCUUACGAAGUCACCAAGGCAGAGCUACUGCAAACCUUCCGCUAUGCGCCACAUGGCAUUGCUGGCUUCGUCGUCGUGGUCCCAAAGGGACGGUUCACAUCGGAGAUGGAACAGCAUGUUCGCGAUGCGCUCGACAUUUUUGGAGGGGAGGUGGCUAUCCGACACACGAUGAUUGCUGUGACGCGUGUGCAGGACGCUCCAGAAAAACUUGUGGACGACAUUAUGCGACUGCCUCAAGAACACACCUUGCGGCGGCUCUGCGAACUUGUUGGGCAGCGCAUCCUGCCAGUUGAGAACAUCAAGGAGCCGGCAGUUGCAGUGUCUCGGCUGCUCCUCCACCGCGGUGUGGACGAAGUACUUGAGAUGAACGGUGAAGAGCGCUACUUCCAGACGGCAGCCGCAGCGCCAUCGCCCUCAGUGCCGAUGUCGUUCGCUGCCGAGGAUGUAUUUCAGUCUCGAUGCUCCACUAGCUGGACCCAGUGCGAGGGCACUCCGCGUCUGGUGAUCACUUGCGACUUUCCCAAGCUCGGA